AUGAAUAACGAUCGUGAAACAUCGUGGUUGGCUUCCAAUGUCUCUGGAAACAAUUCAUCGCAUUCACAUGACAACGCCCCACGACUGAAUCGGAUCUACGUAUUCACCCCAGUUGAUGCCACUUUUAAAUGGGCCCUUUGUGCGCUUUUUUCCAUUAUUGGUUGCCUGGGAUUCUUCGGCAACUGUCUGCUACUUUACUUUCUUUGGAAAAAGCCAAAAGCAAAUCCAAUCCAAAGAAGCCGUUUUAUGAGAAAUUUUAAUUUGUAUGUAAGAAGCAUGUCUCUGUCAGACAUACUUUCUUGUGCAGUUUCGCUUCCUCUGAUUUGCAUUCAGAUUUUAUUUGAUGUGUUCCAAAGCGGUUGGCCGUGCAAGCUGGUUCGAUAUCUCAACUUCAUAUUUCCUGCCAUUACAAUCAAUAAUCUGGUCGUCAUAAGUCUUGAAAAGUAUUUAUCAACUCGUGCGAAUCCACGCACUUUCAGUGCCGCCACAGUGCAAAAAAUGAUCAUUUUUGCGUGGGUUUUCGGGUUAUUUUUCAUGUUGUUUCCGGCAGCUGCAUAUGACGGCAUAAGAGUAGAUCUUAAUGACACUCAUUUUACUGUCGUCUGCAGGAACGACCAGAAUUUUUACCCAUUUAAAAUAAUACUCGUGGUUUUUCCAGUACAGUAUCUUCUCCCAGGUAUAUUUAUAACUUAUAUCAACAUCUGCUUGAUGAGAACUGUGUGGGUCAGAGGAAACAGGACCGUUGGCAAUGGUCCGCUGAACAAUGCCUUCAAGGCUAAGAUGAGGGCAGUCAGGGUUAGAGGAAUUUCUCUUCUUAUUGCCAUUACGUUCACUUUUAUCAUCAGUUAUUUUUUUUUCCUCGGCUAUCAGAUAGCGUACACUCUGCUAGCUCAACCAAACCGAGACUUUUCCACUGAUUUCAUGAUUCGCUAUGGCAGUGGAAGUAUCGCAUAUCUCAACUGUGGAAUUCGGCCUUCCUUUGACUUACCAGCUUUGUCCAAUCACAAAUGCAUCUUUAAGAUCUUUGUAUCCUGUGUCAACUUGGAUGUAAAUGUUGUCUGA